UACAGUCCAGAACGCGUCACCCAUUGUUUACAAAUCAACUCUGGUUGUUGGUUACUGCCGAGCGGCGUGGUGAGAGCGAGGACCGGCCCGGCGGCUCUCAUUCAUACCGACAACAAAAACACUGAAAAAUACGUCCAGAAACCCGACUGAAUAUCCGCCAGAAUGCCCUGUCGGAAGGAGAACUACAUCUUUCUGGAGCAGUCCGUCACCGUCGACUCCAAAGAAGUGGACGCGCUGGUGACGAAAAUCGGCGAAGCACUGCAGCUCCACAAUAAUAACGGCGGCCACCAGAAGACUGUGUCCGUGUCCAUGUCCUGCCUGCACGGGCUCACCGGCAGCAGCACCGGCGGGGUCAAACCGGCGGCCAUCAUCAGCGGCAGCACGGGAGCUCCGGCGCAGAAACGCAACGGCUGCUGCCUGCGGCUCCGGAACCGGGGACACCGGGGGAGCAGCAGGGCAAGCCCGUAUAGCAUCCCCGGAUCCAACAGCGACCAGGACUGGGACCAAAUCAAACCGUGGAACAAAAAGAGGGUCAACGUGGAGGAGGACGAUCCGCAUCGGUUGCUCCAGGAGUUAAUUUUAUCGGGGAACCUGAUUAAAGAGGCCGUGAGGAGGCUGCAGUUCUCGGCACCAGACUGUGGAGAUUUCCCCAAGGCGGCGGACAAUGUGCCGUGCUGAUAGCGUAACGGCCGAACCGGGGACGGGGUUUCCGCCGCAGCGCGUGUGUGUGUGUGUGUCCCCACCACCACCACCACCACCCCUGGGUGGACACAAAAACUGACACUGUUCACGCGGACUGUUUAGAAUAAAAAUUUCACAGGACUGGUAGCUAUGUUUUCUAAUUUCAUCAGUUUUCAUCGAGUUUGUCUGUAACGUUUGUUACGCUACGUUGGCUAGCAGUUAGCCUAGCUAGCUCGCUAGCCACCCGGCUAAUGAGCCGUGUUGUUUAUGUUUGAAUGUCUCCUUGUGGGUCAGACGUCCGGAGGCGCAGUGGAGCUUUGCGCCACCAUGAACUGACUUUACUGACCUUUUUUUUUUUAAUUAUUAGCAAGAAAGGACAUUUUUCACCCAUUAAAAUUUAUUAAUGUUCUCCUCCUGUGGUGUAAAAUGAAAAUACACAUCACAUGGAGUAUUUUUUUGUGUGUAAUUCUGUGAAGAUGGGAGUCCUUUUGAUUCCUGAACAAUGGGUUUUCUUUUCUGGUUGAUGGAUUGUUGAGUCACAUUGAACUGUGGCAGGAAGUCCUCACUUAUUCAUUUCUUAUUUACCACUGCAUCCCGGAAUUAGUUAAUUGGGAGGGGGGGGUUGCUCAUGGCUGGUCAUUCCCUGCUUUGGCAGACCAUUAUAAUGGGGGUGGGUGGUCUAGUUGUCCAUUUUGUUUACAGUCUAAUGCUGGGUGUUAAGAGGCGCUGUACAGAGAAGAGAAAGGAAGUCCCCCCCCCCCUCCUUUUUCUCAUUUCAAAUUAGGUUGUUCAGUGGGUUGUCCUUUAACUGCCCUGGGAGCAGCUCAUUUCACCCGUUUACUCAACCUCAUCCAGACAAAAACAGUGAAAUGAGCUUCAGUAAUGGUGGUUUAUGCUCAAAAAGGCUGAUAUUUUACAUGUUACGGGACAGCACGCUGCGCCUCUGUCUACGGCAGCUCCGCAUUUACCUUCUAAAUAUUUUAACAUAGACAUGAAACGUGUGGAGGAGAAGUGGGGGCGUGGGAAAGACGAGAAAGCACGCCCUUUUCCCACAGAGCUUUGGGUGAUGUGUAACUGUUUGUAAUGCUCGGGGAAAAGGUCGGCCGUCACCUGACAACACUUUUGUGGUGCUUUCACCUUUUGGAGUUCCGAAGGGGAGUUCUGUUUGUUUUUUGUAUUUGUUUCUUCUCUGUGUAAAGAAAUCACCACGCCUGCUUCGUAACGAAGCAUCUGAUAAUGUUCCUGAGUAUUCAGGGCCUUUUUUUGUUGUCUUAAUAAACUCGUUUUUGUUUUUCCAAA